UUUCCCUGACCAAGAUGGCGGCGGCCGCGCUGUGGGGGUGCCGGAAAUGCCUUUUAAACAUAUGGCUCGCAUCGGGACGGUGUUCAGGGCCCACCCGCCAUGUCUUUGUAAAUCGCAGCAGCGGACCAGCCCUUCAGUUUUACCAGCCUAGAUGUUAUUCAUCGGGUGGCCGGAAGGGCUUUAUAUCUGGCUUUGUGGAGAAUAUCAAACAGGAGUUGGCGAAAAACAAGGAGAUGAAAGAAAGUAUCAAGAAGUUCCGGGACGAAGCAAAGAAACUGGAGGAGUCAGAUGCUCUCCAGGAAGCAAGAAGGAAAUACAAAACCAUAGAGUCCGAAACAGUGAAGACCUCCGAAGUCAUUAAAAAGAAGUUUGGAGAAAUCACCGGCACAGUCAAAGAGGGCCUAGACGAAGUUAGCAAGAGCGACAUCGGCCGGAAGAUCAAGGAAGGCGUGGAGGAAGCAGCAAAGACAGCCAAGCAGUCGGCAGAGACUGUGUCCAGAGGCGGGGAAAAGCUGGGCAGGACAGCAGCCUUCAAGGCAAUUUCUCAGGGAGUGGAGACUGUCAGGAAAGAGAUUGAUGAGAGUGUGCUUGGCCAGACGGGGCCUUACAAGCGGCCAGAGAGACUGCGGAAGAGAACGGAAUUUUCUGGGGACAGAAUAAAAGAAGAACGGGUGUUCGAAGCCAAUGAAGAGGCGAUGGGCGUGGUGCUCCAUAAGGACUCCAAGUGGUCUCAACAGUGGAAAGAGUUCAAGGACAACAACGUGGUUUUCAACCGGUUCUUCGAAAUGAAGAUGAAAUACGACGAAAGCGACAACGCCAUCAUCCGGGCUUCACGUGCCGUUACAGAUAAAGUGACCGGCUUCAUUGGCGGGCUGUUCUCCAAGACAGAAAUGUCAGAGGUUCUGACAGAGGUACUCCGUGUCGACCCCACCUUUGAUAAAGAUCAGUUCCUCAAGCAGUGCGAGAAUGACAUCAUACCCAACAUCUUGGAGGCCAUGAUAACUGGAGAUCUAGAUAUCCUGAAAGACUGGUGCUAUGAAUCAACGUACAGCCAGCUGGCACAUCCAAUUCAGCAGGCAAAAGCGACGGGUCUUCGGUUCUGCUCCAAAAUCCUGGACAUUGACAAUGUGGAUCUUGCAAUGGGUAAGAUGAUGGAGCAGGGCCCGGUGCUGAUAAUCACGUUCCAAGCUCAGCUAGUCAUGGUGAUUGAAAACCAGCAAGGGGCAGUGGUCGAAGGAAACCCGGACAAGGUCCUGCGGAUGCUAUACGUGUGGGCCCUCUGCAGAGACCCCGAUGAACUCAACCCCUAUGCUGCCUGGAGACUGUUAGACAUUUCUGCUUCCAGCACUGAGCAGAUUUUAUGAGUGCAGCUCCCUCCUCCGGGCCCAUCUUGCUGUCAGCCCUGCAACCUCGGACAGAGCCUCUGCUGUGUGACAAGGCUGUUUUGCACAAGGACCCAACAUGGAGGGCGCCCUCAUGAGCCUCCGCUUUUGCAAGGGAUUGGGGAUGCUGACUCUGGGUUUCGGCUAAGGAGGGAAUGGGAGCAACUGUGAGUCCCUGUCCAUUGGAGGGGGCUUCGUUUGGGUCAACGGAUCUUCAGUGUGCUGUCCCAAACCGCUCUGCCAAAUGUACCUGUCCCUGAGACCCAUCAUGGAAGAUUUCUCAUCAGGUGCAGCGUGGCAGCCGCCAGCCACCCACGGUUCCUAGAUUGUUUGGCCACUGGAUCUUGUGGCUGAGGAUCCGGCUGCUCUUGACCAACCAGCUCGACUCAUUCAUGCCCCUUGUACUGUCUCCCCUUCUGCUUUUUCUGGUGGUCAAGAUGGUCAGUUGGGCUCUGCCCGGCUUGCGGAGAGAUGCCUGUAUCAGCCAGGAUCCACUUUCAUGGGGCAAGGGAGAAGAAUAUUUGGAAAACUGCUGGAACUACUGUGGCUAGGUUGGGGUUAUCAAGUGAGAGAAGAACAGUUCUUUAGCACAGGAAGUGGGAUGGUUGGUGGUCUCUGGGACAUGAUACCAUUCAGAUAAUUUGAGGGGCCUCUCCUCUAGCCAUGAGGUGGGCAUGCCAAGCUAUUACAAGGAGAGGUGGCAGUCCUCCACUCCAUCUCACACGUGUACCCCCUUUUGGGAAGCCUAAAAGUGGUUGGUGGAAAUCCACCCGGAAAUGAAAAAAUAUCUGUAUUUUUAACAAGAGAAUAAUCACAGUAUUAUAAGUGUGCUGGAUAAUUAUACAAUGUGAGGAUCACGCAGUCACGUUGAUGAAGGUGGUCAUGCCCGAGUACUGCAGCCCCCCAGGGUGAGCUCCAUCUCCUCCUUCCAGACGUGCGCCCGGAACCAGUCCAGUAGCUUGGUGAAGAGUGCCAGCAUCCUGCCUCUGCUCCCAGCCCCGAUUGCACAGUGCAGCCAGGCCCCAGCGCCUCUAUUCUCUCUGGAACCAGCUGGCUGUGCCGCUGUGCCGCGCUCUGCCGCUGGGCUCUAGCACUCACUCUCGCUCGUCUCCAGUCGCUUGGCGGCCGAUGGGUGGGGUCAGGCAGCCACUCACGGGCCGGGUGGAGGCUCCGCUCUCCGCGGCCGAACCCGACAGGGGCCUCUGCAGGAGCAGAGGCCCCAGUGCAGCUCCCAAAGCCUCCACUCGGCCAGUGAGUGGCUGCCAGAUCCCACCUAUCGGCCGCUGAGCGACUGGAGCCAAGCGAGAGCGAGUGCCAGAGCCCGGCGGCGGAGCAGAGCGUGGCGUGGCGGCGGGGCAGUGAGGCUGGCUGGUUCCAGGGACAAUAGAGGCGCGGGGCCUGGCUGCGCUGUGCGAUCAGCGACCAGCUCUUCACCAAGCUGCUGGACUGGUUCCGGGCACUCUUCUGGAAGGAGGAGAUGGAGCUCACCCUGGUGGGGCUGCAGUACUCGGUCUUGCAAGACCACCUUUGUCAACGUGAUCGCGUGAUCCUUCAGCCCCUGAGGAAGUCGUAAAGAAAUCUGCCUCCUAGCCAGCCUCAGGGCUGCUUUUUGUUGGAUCCCUCAUGCAAUAUCUUGAAUGACACCUGAAAGAAAAGAAAAGAUAAAACACAGUUAUUGUUAUAAGUUGACUCAUACUUACCAUCUCAUCUACCCAUGGAGUACUUGCCUUGUUCCUGAAAGGACUGGGACGGGGCAUUGAGUCCCCUGCUUGGAUUGGACUUUGUAAAGGAAAUCUCAGAUGUACUAUGAGUAUAUGAAUGCACUUUUUGCACAUUGUAUAAUUAUCCAGCCCACUGAUAAUACUGUGAUUAUUCUCUUGUUAAAAAUAGAGAUAAUUUUUCAUUUCCCGGGUGGAUUUCCACUUCGCACGUUGUCGGUUUAGACCGGGAUUUGCCCUGUUGUUUUGCAUAAAAGUGAUUGGUGGCCUGGAUCUGCCACAAGGAGGAUAUCAUGCUGAUAGAUUCUUCUACUGCCUUUGUAAAUGAAAUAAACAUAGCCAAUACAA